AUGGUCCAGGUCCCCGCCAAAUCUGACUGGUUCCCCGCGAUCGUUGCGUGCUGUCUCGUACUCGUACAUGCCCCCCUGCCCAAAGCCAGAUCCGACGUCCGGGAGUUCUCGAUUUCGCGCCCCGCGCGUUGCAGCAGUUUUUGCUCAUCACUUCCGCUGGCCCCCUUGCUCGUCACAAUGCUGUUUGCUGUGCGGCUCCUGUCGACCUUGGUGGUCACUGUCUAUGGAUGCACCCUUCCGGAGGACGCCAGAUCUACGGACAUCGUCACUUCAAAGACCUACAAGUACGACGGGAGCUACUGCACCAGCACGGCCACGGGAAACUCGCAGUCGAACGUGUGUGGCACCAGAUUCGCCGACCGUGCUCACAUCGUGGUCGACGGAGGUGAUGACACGAUAGAGGUGGAAACGAAGUUCUUGUCCAUGAAGCUUGCCAAUUGGUCAUCAUCAGGCUCCACAGGUUGUUUCUCCACAGGUGGCUACACGCAGAUUACUGGCAGUGACGGCGACGCACUGAAGUUCCCCAGCCUCAGCGUGACAAUCUGUCGGAACACUUUUUUCGCCUGCAACGGUAUACGUUUCUACAUCAAGUUCGAUGAUUCAGAGGCCUCCACAACGGCUGCGCCAUCUACCGACUGUGCCACCGGAUGUUAUUCUUCCUGGCGUGGUGACGGCGAAUGCGACAGCUCCUGCAACAAUGCUGCGUGCAACUACGACGAUGGUGAUUGCAACCAGGAGUGCGCAGACGGUUGCCAUUCUCACUGGCGCGGUGACAGCGAAUGUGACAGUGUUUGCAACAAUGCACAGUGCAACUAUGAUGAUGGAGAUUGCUCCGAGGCUGCGGCCAGCAGUUGCGACAGCAGCUGCAAGUGCACCACUUGCAGCCAGUCCAUGGCUUGCAAAUCACAGGAGUGCACCAGCGAUGAAGAGUUCACGUACACGGGCUGCAGCUCGUUGAACAUCAAUGGGGUUGGAACGGCUACUGUCAGCGGCUUGUGCACCCAGAAGGAAGUGGCGACGACGACGACCGCGACUACGCCAAGCACAGCAACGCCACCGUCGGGGUGCGAGGAUGGCCCAUGCGAUGGAUCAGCUGGGGUAGCUAGCAAAGCCGUCGGACGCUUCUUGUUCGGUGCGGCAACCUUUGUCACUCUGUGGGCUGUCCUGUUUGGCUAG